CGCAUAAUCUUGCUGGUUAUCCUACUAGCCGCUGCUACCACAUCUACCGUUUCGCUUCUUUGGAUUAUUGGUAGAUUAAAUAGUAAUUUUUAAUUUUGAAAUUCUGUUCGGCGUAGGAAGAACAAUUCGAGCAUUUGUUGCUGCUACACUAUACCUACCGUUACUAUACGUGCCAUACAACUGGUGAGAGGCGACGAUGAUCAAACUGUUCGGAGUUUUUUUAGCCAUUAGUUUAAACACAUCAUCAUUUCUUGCCGCUCAUGUGCUUUCAAAACGUGAAAAUUUUCCGCGCCUUCCAGACAGUCCGGAACUGAUCGACGAUCCCUAUAGUGAAGCGAUUUUGUGGGCAGAAGAAAAUGACCGUGCGGGAGACGUCCUUGAUCACGAUCAAGGUAGCGCUGACCAUUCAAAUUCAUGGACUCUGGCAUAUUUAACGACCAUUUUGAAAAAUCCCGAAGAUUAUCAAGACCCGGAAACGCAGCAAGAUGAUGGUCUACUCGAGGCUGAUCAGAACCAGUAUCCGCAUGAAGAAUCCGAAGAUCAAAGAGACGAUGAAAUACGGUUAGUUCCUGCAGCAAAACAGACCACACACGAAGUACAAGAAACACAAUACAAAGAGCAGCAGGGAAAACAGGAAAACAUUGGGACACAUGGAAAUUUGGAAAAAAAACGAGAGGGUGAAUUCAAGGAUCAUGGAAACAAAGUCUAUUUGUUCAGUUCUCAGGGGCCACAGACACGCGGCAACAUGGGACUAUUUCAACGAGAAGUUUCACGCUUGGUACCGUUUGGUCUGCAAGAUCCACCAUCAACGCGACAGGACAAACCCGAUGUCAGUACGACAAAUGGAAAUCCUUCGCCGACUGAGGCACAGCAGCCUGCUGGUGAUACCGGUCACUUCUCGUAUAGUCAUCCUGAGGAAUGGUCUCUAGACAGUCCCGAAUGCUCUGGCAAAUUUCAAUCCCCAGUGAAUCUGGAAUCUAACAAACUUGUUGCUCUGGAUGUGCCACCGAGUUUAAUUUGGACCGGGUACUGGAACCUCCCACAGAAUCUGACAAUCACUGAUAACGGACACUCGGUUGAAUUGAGUGGCUCAUGGGAAAAAGCGAUGACGCCGUUCAUAAGCGGAGGUCCUCUUACGGGAGAUUAUGCUUUUUCGCAGCUUCACUUUCAUUGGGGCCCGAGAGACUCCGUUGGCAGUGAACACACAAUCGACAAUAAGAGUUUUCCAAUGGAAAUGCAUAUGGUUCACUACAAGAGAGAUUACCAGACGUUCACCGAGGCACUCAAACACGACGACGGUCUAGCAGUGGUUGCCUUUUUGUUCGAGAUGAGUGACAUGCCAAACCUUGGCAUAAAUUUGCUCGAAAACAGUUUUUGCAAGCUUCAUAAGAAACUAAACGUACGGAUUCCAGUGAUUCCCUACCCAUUAGCAAUGUUGCACCAUACCUUUCAAGAUGACUACGUCUUUUACAUUGGCUCCCUCACAACUCCUCCAUGUCGUGAAAUCGUUACCUGGCUCGUAUCAUCCAGUCCACUUACUAUAUCGGAGAAACAGCUGGAUUCAUUCAGGAAAAUAAGUAAUAAAUGGCCAGAAAAAGAGAAUUACAGACCACGGCAGCCUCUCAAUGGCCGUAAUCUUUAUUACGCUACGCAUUAAAAAAUCAUUGACAACUUUAACUUGCAAAGAUUUGAAGUUCGAAAAUACAAUUUAUACGAAGAUUCACUAAGCAUAUGUUGCCAACGAAAGUAGUAAUCGAUUCACAUACUGUUUUCGGAAUGACGCCUCAGUAACUUUUAGUGGAAAACUUUAACGAUUUAUGUCACCACAGAUACAGCACUGAAGUAUCACAGAAGCUCUAUAAAAAUUGUUCAAGAUUACAUUAUUAGAGUUUUUCCGCCGUAGUAGAGUUAUAUACCUAUAGUUAUGUGAAAUAUCAAUACCAAAUUAUCGACACAACAGUUUUCACGGUCUACCUCCAUACUUUUUACUAAUAAAUACAUGUACGUAAUCUUCUUUGUUUCGUCUUUUUUUUUGUCUUUAAUAAAUGGAAAGAAUUGCAUGAAUCUCGUGGUUAGAGUAAGUUUACUUAGCUCUUCUAAGAACACGUACGGCGCUUCACGAGCGAUGGCUGACGAUGAAGACUAAACUUCUUAAUUCGCCAAAAGGUGCCCGUGAAUUUUUGGCAAUAAACGAUUGAAGAACAAUCGUCCGAUGCUACUCAAAGAAGGUAUUUGGACUUUUCAUGGCCUAGUAUCAGUUUACAGAUGAUACAAUUAUUCUAAUUACAAGUCGAUUUUGCCCGUUCUACUAUUUGUCCCCAUCAGUAUCAAACAUAACUUUGGCAUAAAUUUUGCAAUGUGGAUACUGAAAGAGUUUGACCUGACCUAAACUUGAAUAAACUGCUCUCCGAAAAUUUUUCUCUAUUAAGGAUUCGUAUACCAAAUGAUUUUUUGCAUCUCUUUUCAAUCCCUGGACAAAGAUAACGCAAAUUUAUCCAUAUGAUAUUGAAGUGUUUUACAGUCUUCCUGAAAUUUAAUAUUUUUAAAUUGAUAACACAUUUUUCCAUAAAAUAUCAACGAACAUUGUGUUCAAAAAAUGUUCACAUACAAACUGAUGUACUUCUUAGGAAAGUCAAUGCUUACGAAUUUCAAUGCAGACUUUUAAGUUUGCUUAAGAAAAUAAUUAUCAAGACUGGCAAAUGUUCACGAGAGAGUAAGUUUUAUUAACAUGAUACUUCAACUGUUACAUCAUCACUGUUCGUUAUAAUACAUCCUGUCUACUGAAUUAAUGUAAAUGAAUGUAAAUAAUAUUGCGUUACGUAUUUUUGAAAAUUGUCGUGUAUUCAUUAGAAUAGCAAAAUAUGCAUUCAUAAUUAGGCGAUGGUGGAAUGAAAGAAAAUCGCCAAAAAAAUAAUCUUUGUGUUUCAGUAUGUCCAACAAGGAAAAUAGAAACAACACACUAAAGUGGGAAAGCGUGUGUAAUAUGAUUAUUUUGCUAUUCAUAACGUUCUCUGUAGCUUUAAAAUCAAUCGUUGACUAUCACAUGGCACAUGAGUACGUCCACAAGAAAUAUACGCCACACUGUGUAUAUAGUUGAAUGGCGUAUAAAUCACACAUUAAAAUGAAUAUCGAGAUUAAAGUGAGUUAAAUGG